UGUUAACCAGAAAUGAUUUGCUAUUGAGAUAAAACACGUCUGCUUUGUACCUUUAAAGAAAAGCUGUUCGGUAGACUGCUACUAUGUACUGUAACUGUCUAAACAGCACAUAGACAAAGUUGUCAAAUAGUUUCUAUACUGUCUUUGGUCUUACUAAAACGGUUACAAAGAAACACGCACGUUCUAUGAUUUUACGUCACUUAAUCAUGAAGCAGAGCGCAGGAUUCCUAUCAUGUUGUAAAACAACACCACUUCCUCCAGCAUGUACAGAGAAGUGUGGAGUGAGUGGCAGGCGAGCUUGAUUGUAUUCACUCUUCGCACCGAUGUUAUUUAGAUUUUAUGUCUAACCGCACCAUGUCCACUGAUUGACCAAACAGAUUGCCACUGUACACACACUCACCAGGAUGGCUGAAGAACGCAGGGUCUGUAGCAGUGCCUCACAAAUUGAGUCAAAGCCUCCCUCAUCAUCCUCUUCAAUGAGGGAACUGGAAUCUAAAAACUUGCAUCUCAGAAGGAAGUUAAGCUCAGUGGAGGAAGAAAGUGCUUCUGUGAUGCAAGAAAACAGACAACUGAUCAUUGAAUUGGAAGCAGUGAAUCUCGAACUUGCCAGCUCCAAAACCAAAGUCCGGGUUCUGGGUUCCACCAUAGGGUCUAAGACUUCUAGUGUGUGUCAUAUGAAGGAGGAGAUUGAGGUUAUGGAGGCUGAGGUUGAGGCCCAAGGGAAUGCACUCAGAGAUACAGAAAAGAGGCUGGAGGAGACUGAAGAGACAUUGGUCAUAAAGAGCAGACUAGUGGACCAGCUACAAGAGGAGCUGAUGGCUGCUAGGGCUGAGUUAGAAAACAGGACUAAUCAGGGGAUAAGAGUUGAGCAACAGAGAAAGGAAGCUCUUGUUACUGCAGAGAGGCAGACAUUGGCUCUCCAGAGUUACAAGGGAAAUAUGUCUGAGAAACUGAAGAAGGUGUUGGACAACGAGGCCAGACUGAAGGAGGCUCUUAUCCAGUGUGAUAAAGAGAGAGUGGUGUGGGAGAGGAGGUGUCUUCAGCUAGAGCAGGACAAGACCGACAUGAACCAGCUGAUCGGCCAGUUGAAGGAAGAGUCGGUCAGAGCCAAGGAGAUGAGUGUAGAGAGCGCCACGUUGCGUUCUCGUCUGGAAGAGGCCUCUAUCCAGGCUGUGGAGCUGAAGAGAAGACUGAGUGACAGGGAGAUAGUUGAGAAGGACAUAGAGGUGUUGAGGAAGGAGUGUGGGGACCUACGCCACCUCACUACCAGCCAGGAGCAGAGACUGGAGCACUGUCAGAGAGAAGCACAGCAGAGCCAGGCUGAACAGGCCAGCCUAGAGGCCAUCCUCAGCCUGCUGUAUCUUAGAGAGAGUGGAGGGGGAUCACUCUGUGCUAAGCCUUGUCUGCCAGCUCCAGUCUGUGAUGUCCCCAAACUCAAGCCAGGGGAGCAGUACCAGCAGCUGCUGCCUGUGUUGCGUGCUGUGGAGCAGGAGAGAGUCACGCAGGCAGCUCUAGCCCUGGACCUGCAGGAGAGACUAAGGCAGACCCAGAAGGAGAUGACUGCCCUACAGAACAACAUGAACCAGAGAGACCUCCAGCUACAGAAACUGCACACAGAGCUGCAGGAGAGGACAGUACAAAUUAACCAGCUGGAGAGAGAGGCGGCUCUCGUACUGGGCCUGCAGGAGAGACUAAGGCGGGCCCAGGAGGAGAUGACUACCCUACAGAACAACAUGAACCAGAGAGACCUCCAGCUACAGAAACUAUAUACAGAGCUGCAGGAGAGGACAGUACAAAUUAACCAGCUGGAGAGAGAGUUAAGGAGGAAGAAUGUCUGCCUGGCAACUACAGAGCAACAGUUAGAGAAGAAAGAUGCAGGACUUUCACAGGCUGUAGAGAAGACCACUGAGUUGGAGCUGAACCUGCUGGAGAAGAGCACCAGUAUCCAGCACUUUAAAACCACUCUGGACUUGAAGAAGCGGGAUUUCCAGCAGGAGUUGGAGGAGACUCAGAGAGUUGGCUCAGAGCAACGUAAGGAGCUACAGGAUCAAAUCAAAAUGUUGCACUCUCAGAAAGCAGAGCUGGAGAAAGACUUCUCUUCAUCCCAGCAUGAGAGACAGGAGGCCCAGCACAGAGCAGAGAGACUUCAGACCUCCCUCAACCAGCUCACGCAUGAUACAGAGACGAGAGCCAAUCAAGACCAGGAGGCCUUGAGAGCUCUCAGAGUGCAGGCAACAGAGUAUAUUACCAAGGUGAGGUUUUUGGAGACAGCCCUGACAACAUGCCAGGAUGAGUUGAGCGACUGUAUGCAACAGAUAAAGGGAGUGAAGGGACGCUACGAGAGAGAGCUGGAGACAAGCGCUAAAGAAGUGGAGGCUCUGCAGGCAGAGAUGAGGGGUAGCUCUCUGGUGUGUCAGAGCUCCAGUGAGCAGAACUUGCAGCUGCAGCACACUGUCCAGAGACAGCAGACCAUGCUGCAGGAGAGCACCUCCCGUGUGGCGGAGCUAGAGGACAGACAGGCGCUGUUACUGGAGCAGGUGGUCCGCUUGGAGAAGGACCUGGAGAAAGAGAAGGUGUUAGCCUUCAAAGAGCUGAAGAGGAGAGACCAGAGAGCCCAGGAGGCCAUAGAGGGACUGCAGGAGGCUAGUCAGCAGGCAGCGAGACGUGAGAGAGAAGCCCUGGAACUCUCCAACUCUGUCACGCAGUUGUCAGAGGACAUGAAUAAGGUUCAGGGAGAGCUGAGUGAGCGAGAGCAGCAGAUGCUGCUUAUACGGAGAGAGAGCGACACCAAGACCUUACAGCUCUCUAAGAUGGAGAAGAUGCUAGCCGAGACCAGAGGAAAGCUGGACAAGAAGACAGAGUCUGGUACGGAAAGUAAAGGGCGGGACAACCGAGACAAUAUGGUCCAGGAUCUGGAGGAGAAGGUGUGUUUCACCAGGAAGGACAGGAGGAACUCCCUCCACCGCACCCAGCUGCUGGAGAGCCAGAUGAAGACGGUGAAGGGAGAGCUGGUGGACACACUGGACCACCUGCAGGAGCUACGAGACCGGUUGAGACGCUCACAGGCCAACGCAGAGCAGCGCAAAGUUGACAUGGAGAAACUGCAAGCAGGGAUGAGGGUGAUACACAGUCAGUUGGAGGAGACAUGUAGAGAGUUGGAGCAAAAGAAACAGGAGAUUAUAGACAAAGACACAGAAAUUAAGGAAAGGCAGGAGGAACUUGAACUAAAAUCCCUCCAGGUGCACCAAAGCAACCCACACACACACUAUAUGUACACAAGACUACAUAACACAGACAAUCAUUUUUUCAAAUAUGUGGUUAACUUUUUUUAUUUCACUUCUUUUUUUUUAUCACUCACAAUGGUUGCUCACGUCAACACCAUGGUUUUGCCAAUUUCUUUAAUCCAUGUAUGUGAUUCUCUGUGUGUCAAGCUCAGUAAAUUAGAGGCUGCUGUAGAGCGACAUACACAGAAGAUGCAGCAGAAGCUCAUCCUCCAACAGGGGACGCUGGAGAUUUCCCAGAGAGAGGCCAAGGAGAGAACCAACCAGGUGGAGUUUCUGAGUGAGAGGCUGGAGUUGAUACAGAAACAACUGCAGGGAAAGGAGGACCUGGAGAAGGAAGCCUUAGUCCAGGGCCAGCAGCUGUUUCUGUGCAGGGAGAAGCUCCAGAGGACAUCUCACAACCAGGAGAUGCAUAGUCGCUGUGAGAUCCUGGCAAUACAGCUAGAAGAAAGUGUUCAGUUAUGCCGUGAAAAGGAGAACCAUGCCAGGCAUAUGGAGGAGGAGCAGGGGAGGAUGGAGGAGCAGGCUGCCCAGACUGAGGCCAGACUCCAGGCCACAGUGGCCUCCCUCAGACUGGAGCUAGACACACUGAGAUGGCUGCAACAGAAUGAGCUGUCAGCUCUACAGGAGAGCCAGGCGGAGGUGCUGAAGGCGUCAGAGUGUGUCGUCUCCACCCUACGCUGCUCCCAGGUUCAGCUGACCUCUGAACUACAGAAUUACAGACUACAGCUGGAGGAGGCCCAGCACAACACCACCGCCCUGCUGGCAGAACUCAACACCAGAGAACAGCUGCUGCAGAGCACCAGCGAGACCCUGCUUAUCAAGGAAUCCGAAAUGACACGUUUAAGGACCAAGAUCUCCAGCUUUGAGAGAAGCAAGGAGCUCCAUAAAAUAGCUGUUUGCUCUUGUCUGACCUCUAUCAGGUCACAACCCUACAGCCCCCUCCCUACUCCCACCACAACGUAAGAGAGAAGACUGAUAAAGAAUACCUUUGUCGACAAAUAUACAUUUUAUUUUGAAUAUGAGAUAAAGUCCUUUCGGACAAAUGAAAUGCUUUUGUUUUUAUUGUAUUGUAGACGAGUCUAGUAGCAUGCACAAAUGCUUGGUGGAGUGUAAUGUGCUCAUUCAGAAUGUACUUUUGAUUGCGCAUAUGACUAUUUGUAUUUUGUUGUUUACUAUUAAAGUAACAUUCAGCAGGUCUAAACACCAAUUAUAAUUAUUGACAACAUAUGCUAAACCACUGUGAAACGUGGCAGUGUUACAGCAGUGUUACGCCCUUAUUUGUCUGUUCCAAGUGAUCUGUGCCAUUAGUAUUGCUGCACGGAGAAGAGCUGCUCUCUGCAGGAAAUUAAACGGAGCAGCAUCUGCAGGCGAUUUGAUCCUAAUGCUACCUCCAAAUCGCUUCCCUUGCUCAUCCUAGGAGUGGCUAUGUAGGGUUCCUUAUGAUCCUAGGAGAUAUGGAGCAAAGCAAUCUGUCUGUGUCACAAAUGGCACCCUAUCCCCUACAUAGUGCACUACUUUUGACCAGAGCCCUAUGGGACCUGGUCAAAAGUAAUGCACUAUAUAGGGAAUAGGGUUCCAUUUGAGAAGCAUUUGUUGUCUCUGCCAGGUUUACGUUAAAGGUGAGCAAUUUAAAAAUCAUGUUAUUGCACAGAGUGAGUCCAUGCAACUUAUUAUGUGAUUUCCAAAAAACUAAAUCCACUUUGACAUUAUGGGUUAUUGUGUGUAGAUCAGUCACACACAUGUUCAAUUUAAUACAUUUUAAAUUCAGGCUGUAACACAACAAAUUGUGGAAAAAGUCAAGGUGUGUGAAUACUUAAUGAAGGCACUGUGUAUCCUCAAUCUCUCCAAUUUCAUUUUCUUUUAGGACAAGAGCAGACUAAGAUAUUCACAGAUUGUGUCUGGAUAUGUUUGUCGGUGUGUUUUUAUCUAUACUGCAAGUGUGUGUGCACGUGUGUGUGCACGUGUGUGUGCGCGUGUGUGUGUGCGU